ACGGGUGCUGCGCGAAAGUGUCCUGAGCUCCUCUGCGUCCCCUUAUCUCAUUCCCAGCUUUCCUGUUUACGCCCGGAUUUAUCCGUCUUCUGCGACAACUAAAUGGUUGACUCCGACGCCGAAUCCAUUUCAUCUGCGUCAAGCCGGCGUUUGAGCCGUUCUACCCAACACGGACGUGGUAGAAGUGUGUCUUCAGCUCUGCUAACUCUGCUGGGCCAGUAGGUCAGCGAUGGCCCCGAACAUUUCGCGGUGAUUGUUUACGUGUAGGGACUCGGGUUCUAGAAUUGACAGCGCACGGGUGCGGACACAUAGGUCAUGCAUGCGUUAGCACAAUGCAGACAUCAUACUCGGCUAUCUGAUACCUCAUCUUAUUGGUCUUAUGAGCUGAACACUUCACCAUGUCGUAACCCAAAGACAUCAGGUAAUCAAAAUACUUCUGAUGCAUGGAUGGAUGCGUGAGGUAUAGCUUCUUGGGUGUCAUCAGGAACGGAACAAGGGUGGCCUCCGGCGACCGCAAAUAUGAAAACAUGGCAUCCGAAACGCCGACCCAGGAGUCGGAGAGAAUGUCAUCGACUGAAACAAUGCCGCCGGGGUGCAGGCUGCAGGCUGCAAGUUUAGUGUCUCGUAGAGCCGCAUCAUAAAAAUGUCCGCCGUCUACACUGAAAAAACGGAACUGAGGAAUGGACCUUGUUGAAAACGUUUUCACCGUAAUAUCCAUGGAGUUCCCUUCAAUAACAGUAAAAUUAGUGUGAGGGGAAAAUCGUCGGGCGUUGUUAAGAAAUAUCUGCAGAUCUCCUCGCCCAGAGCCGUCUAAAUUCUGUGUUUGAUGACCAAAUAAAUCCAUAGCAAUUACCGGCUCUUCCGGAGCAGCAGACAAUGAGAGGCCAAUGAUGUAUUUACCGUGAUGUACUCCGAUUUCACCAAUGGAACCGUAAAUAUUGUUCUGAUGCUGAUACCUUGUUAGAAGUAUACUGACAUUCAAAUCAAAUGUAGUCAGCCAGCCACCAAGUCUUGACAUUCCAGUUUGGUACUCGAGGAUGAGUUUGUCUUGCAUAGAAAUAUCAGGCAACGUAUUACUAUCGAGUUUUGAAAGUCUUGCAUCGCAAAUGACAGCCGACUGGCAAGGGCCAGACAGCAACAGCAUCGUACAUAAGUAAAGGUAUAUUAGUCUGACCAUCUCUCAAGAGGCGAACGUAAUCCGGAACCUUCCGGAAAUUUCACUGCGAAACCAUCACCGCCAACCCCCACCCUGUGCGCAGCACCCGUAAAAACCCGGGAAUUAUAAAAACUUUUGCGCUGUAACGCGGGCUGUCACUGAGGCACUGGCCACGAUGCAGCUGUGUGACGGCAGGCCUGCACCGCAUUGACCUUCCCAGCGUAUGAGCACGGAGCGUGGAGAGGCUGGACGGCCACCACACCCGACCCUGUGUACCAGCAGCUGUCCUGGGCACUUGCGGGGUGAUUAAGAUGCGCCUGCGGUGAUCACAGCAAUAGUCGGAGGUACCAGAUGUGUGGUCGGGAGAUGAUUCAGUCGAAUAUACCAGGAGGCAGGAGAACCUGUAAAGGAAAGAAGUAGGAAGGGAGAAAAGGGGAAGAGACUUGGCGGCCGGCUGGCCGGACCUGCACGGGAGAAGGCGGGGAUAGAAGCCGUGGCCUCAGGCAGAGCCUGGGCGUAGUUGUUAGGGCGUGUAGAACGCCAGAGGUAUUGGAUAGGAGGGAAGAGCGGGACUACCCUAUAAGGCUGAGUAACCGCUGGUGUCGUACGCGCCGCUGAUGCGCAACCCGGCUGAACUGAGCAAGCUGGGCUCCCUGGCAAGCAAGUCGAUACAACAGGUGUGUGCUCCGCUCACAGGCAAGCAAUCCGAUGCGAAUGCUACAGGCUGCACGCACAGGCAGGCAAGUCGGUGCAACAGAUACGAGUUGCUUACACCCAAGGCUGGUGGAUACAGUAUGCAGACCAGAUGGCUGGUAGAAGAGAGCAGGAGUCGGGAGCGGUAGUCUGUCGCAAUCCCGAAGGGAAACCGGAAGGGGGGGAGUAGGGAGACAGUAGGCUGGAUCGGUCGCAAUCCCGAAGGGAAACCGGAGGAGGGAGUAGGGAGACAGUAGGCGCCGGGGUGACGGGGGAAGCCUGGCACACUAGAGGCCGCGCACUAUGGCGAAGGGCUUAGGUCCGGUCCGGUCCGCACGCGUCGGUCGCAGGAGAAGGGGAAGGGGCAACCCGCGAAGGGGAAUUUGCACUCAACCGUUACAAGUAUGCUGCCGUCAGCCGCGGGUUGUGACCGCAAGACACAGCACACGCCAAACGAGCCCUGGUGCCUUGAUGCAACCAGGCUGUGGAGUCAGAGUUGGCCACGAAUGUUCGGGCAAGGAGCCAGCUAAGCACAGGCUUGGUGCGACCUAGUUGUGAGGGGGGGGGCGGCUACCGCUAGCGUCUCUGGCUGCUUAGUCGUAGACUUAGGCUUCCUCAGGCAACGCUAGGUGCUGUGCAGCUGUGGGAGUCGACCUGGAAUGGGGAAGGUAACUACAUCCAGUGGCGGGCGCGCCACACCUUUCACCGACCUCGUCAACUACCCAAAACGUCGCUCGAUGGUGGGUGUGCUAAACAAAGUCUUCGAAGAUUCUAGGCUAGCCCAGGGCGCCACUAGAAACAUCGAGCAAGUCCGGAAACUUCGAUCGCGAACUACCAGAUCAACUGACUCAACGCGGCCUAAUGCCGAUGCUAUGCUCAUUAUCUCGCUCAAUACUAUUUAUCAUAUUUUGCUGAUCCUUAGUGGCCUUGGAUCUUGAUUGGUCUUGGUCGAUGGAACUUGGACGAGCAGCGCCGCGACUCACGUCUCGGCGCCGCUGGAAGCUAUACGUAGUGGCUUGGGCUCGCCAUGCUCGAGACGGAAUCCUUGCUGGACCGUGGGCCCUUGGUGGAAGGGGCGGUGUUGGCGAACCUGGGCUACCCGAGGGGGCAUGGGACACACACCCGCACUGGCGGGGAUUGGGGAAAGCAGGAACCUGUUGCAGUGCGGCACUAUCUACUCUUUCCUCUGCAGUAGCAAAGAUGGGUCAGCCGCGAAUUUACGAAGUACAUCUUUUGUCGCCACAGACUUGAGCUGGAUGUGGUGAGCAUACGUGGGGGUCACGCGCUAAGCGUCAGGACGCGGGGGUUGAAGGGGGUGCCACGGUGCGUGGCGUGUGUGUUUCGCCUCCACGUGAGGUAGAGUGCCCGGUCCGCAUGGAUUUGCGCGAUAUGAUGAGUUGUAUACUAGGUUAACCCAUGUAUUUGUGGACGAUGUGGUGGUCGCAUGCAUGAAGGUUGCGGUGUGCGCGUGCAGUGUGCCUGGGGCACGUGCGGGGUUGCAUGGCCGCGGCGAGCCUGUGCACGUGCCAUGCCGUACAUUGACCCCGCUAGGGGGCUAUAUAAGGCGGAGUUUGGGCUAGGCUGUUCAUACCAGACACACGCUCUGAGUACCUGGUCGAUCCCGACCCCUGUCUCCCUUCUGUAAGUCAUAUGCUUG